AUGGCUAGCCUAGAACGGGUCAGCAAACUACUGGAGGAUGUGAUCUGCCCCAUCUGCAAGGAAAUUCUACAGGAUCCUGUCACCACUGACUGUGGGCACAACUUCUGUCUGCAAUGCAUCAAUCAGGUGGUGAAAACUACAGAAAACCCCCAAUGUCCCCUCUGUAAACUUCCUGUGGAUAAGAAUGUGUUCAGGCCCAAUAAGCUGUUGGCUAGUCUUGCAGAGAAAUUCCUAGCUAUAGAUUCUGUUGAGGUCCAAUCAGAAGAAGAAGAGCCAAGAUGUCGGAAGCACAAGGAAAAGUUCAAUUACUUCUGUGAGGAGGACGGAGAGUUCCUCUGCAGGGAGUGUCAUGACUCCAAGGACCACAAAACCCACAAAGUUACCGUGAUAGAUGAGGCUGCUCAGAACUACAAGGUGCAGAUUGAGACACAGCUUCGGGAUUUGGGGCAAAAGGACAAGGAGAUAAUUAAAGAGAAAAAGGAAGGUGAAGGAGCAAUCCAGGUGUUCAGGGCCCAGGUGCAUCUAGAGAAACUAAAGAUCCUUGAGGAAUUUAAACAUGUGCGCCAGAGACUGGACGAGGAAGAGAGAUUCCUCCUGUCCAGGUUGAGCUGGCUGGAGCAGGAGGGAGUCAAGCAGAUAGAAGAGUAUGUCUCUGUCACAGAGGGACAGCUGACCACCCUCAGAAACCUCACAAGGUCCCUGGAAAAUAGGCUACAAGCGCCAUCCAUGGAGCUACUGGAGGGCAUCAAUGACAUCUUGGGCAGGUAUGAUGGGCAUCCCAAGUGCACUAUGCUUUCUGGUUCACUCACACAUACAACAUUCAAGAUAUAUCCGAACAUGUUCACAUUCUUCAAUAACUCAACUAUAAACCCUUUAGCCUGCAGGUGUAGAAGACCAAGCUGGCCACAGGAGCAUGUGGCUAAAGGACCAGGCAGGACAGAAACCUCUGUCAACACCCUGACACUCAUCUCCCUGGCUCUAGACUGUAUUUAUCACUCUGCCUCCAUCCCAGGAACCAGCUCCCAGGUCCUUCCUGCCCACACUCUAUCCCUGAACUUACAACUCAGAUCAACAUAUCUUCACAGGGGUAAAGAAUUUGUGUUUCACAACCCAACCCCAGUUCCUUUGAACCUGGAGAAAAAAAUCAGUGAAGCAAAGGCAAGACACGAGUCCAUCAUAGAAAGCCUGAAAGAAUCAAUAGACAUUCUGAUCACUGAAUGGAAGGAAGAUAAAAGCACAUUCCUGAACAGCUUGGAUAAAAAGGACAAGGAGAACUGGUACCUGUUACAGAAGAAUAACUCAGAGUUGCUCAGCUCAGUACCUGUGACCCUGGACUCGACCUCAGCUGACCCAAACCUCACCUUUUCUCAGGAUCUAAAGAAAGCAAGCUUGUACCUUGUCGACAGCACAUUGAAUACGCAGGCAAAACCUCGACAACUUUAUCCUUUCCACUGUGUGAGGGGCUCCCCAGGCCUCUCCUCAGGCCUUGGGGUGUGGGAGGUGAAAAUACAGGGACUCCCUGGAAGAGUUUGCAUAGUGGGUGUGGUCGCUGAGUUGCCUCAGGGGUCCCAGAUUCAGAACUCUGAGUCAUGCUGCUUGUGGGCACUGAAGAUCUCAUCCUCUGGAUGUCAGCCAAUCACCAACGUCAGUAUCCAGGAGAAUCUCUCAAUCUGUCUUAGGAAAGUGGGUGUCUAUGUGGAUUAUGAUCGAGGAGAUGUGGUCUUCUAUGAUGCCACCACUAACAAACACAUCUACACCUUCCAAACUUCCUUUGACAGACAGGUCUUCCCCUUUUUUGGGCUCCAAACUGCCCGCAGCUCUAUCACCCUGAGCCUCUAG